AUGCCUCCGCGCCGUCGCUCCGCCUUCGGCUACCGCAGCGUCCGCGCGCGGCCGAGCGGCCGCUUCGACGCGGAGAUCCGCUCCGGCAAGGACCGUAUCCGACUCGGAACUUUCGACACCGCGCACGAGGCGGCGCGGGCCUACGACGCCGUCGCCCGGCGCCUAGGCCGCCCCCGCCGGCAAAUGAACUUCAACGACGUUUGGACGCGCGAGCAGGCGGAGAUGCUCGCGCCGCCAUUGUCGGCCGUCACGACCGAGCAGCGGCGCGCGCCAAAGAAGGAGCAGAAGGCGAACGCGGCGGCGAAGAAGAAGGCCGACCGCGAGAAGCGCCGGGCUGAGUCGGCGGCGAGGAAGGCGAAGAGGGUGGAGAAGGCAGCGCGGAGGGCGAGGAGGGCGGAGGAGAAGAAGAGAGGCGCCGGACCGUCGACGAACAUGCCCACCUCCUCCUCCUCCUUCGAGUGGACGACCACUCCGGUCUUCGACACGACUCCGACUAGUGGAUUGUCGGACUUCGAGUGGGAGUACUCCGAGUAG